CGUUUCCUUCCCUCACCGCCCGCACCCGCCCUCAGCCGCCGCCGGCCAUAGGGGAGCCGCUGCCGCCUCAGGCGCCCGCGCUGGAAGGUCGCUGGGACGCGGGAGAGCGGGCGGCUGGGGACGUGUGGAGGCUGGCUUAUGCGCGGGGGCUCACCCGUACCGGCCCUCUCGGUGGCUUCCCAGUCUGCUUUGCCUUGUAUGCAAGAGGCGUGAAGCUGUGGAGUCUCCACAGCGUGGUGGAGGCGACUUUAGAGGGACACGUUCUUCCUGUCAGCUGCAUCAAGCUGGGCAGGUGUAGGAACCUUUCGUCUCUGCAUCCUAGCUUUGCAGGUAGAUGCCAGUUUGCAAUGGGUCUUAAAACCAUCUGGAAGGACUACAAAGUUCUGAUUGUUAUGGGAACUAGCCUUGGGCUGGUGCACUGGGGGUGGUUUUACGUCAAGUCCAGUCCCAUUUUCCAAGUGAAGACAGAGGAUUUUGUUCCAGAACCUGGGAUUGUGGCAUACGUGAUGCAAAACGAUCACAAAAAUAAAGAGAAGUAG